CAUUCCUUCAGCUGUGGAGACACUUUGCUCUCUGGGCUGAGAGCUCCUGUGUUGGACUUACUUUUCUGGAGCCUCAGAUUCAAGCAUGGCUUUUCUCUGGAUUAAAUUUAACCACUCCUGGGACAUGUUUGACUAUGAUCUUGAAAACAUCACUGGCGUGCCACCCCCGGAUGCUGAUUUCAGGCCCUGCAGCGCGACUGCCUGGGCCACCAACAAGAACGCUGUGGUUGCCUUCUACAUCCUGGCAUUCCUGCUGGCCUUGCUGGGGAACUCCCUGGUGAUCUUCGUCAUCCUGUAUAACCGAGUGUCCCGCUCUGUCACCGACGUCUACCUGUUGAACCUGGCCAUUGCCGACUGGCUCUUUGCCCUGACCUUACCCAUCUGGGCCGCCUCCAGAAAGAAGGGCUGGGUCUUUGGCACCCCCCUUUGCAAAGUGGCCACACUCCUGAGGGAGGUCAACUUCUUCAGCGGGAUCUUGCUCCUGGCCUGCAUCAGCGUGGACCGCUACGUGGCUAUCGUCCAUGCAACGCGUACACUGACCCAAAGACGCCACUUGGUUAAGUUCGUGUGUCUGGGCAUCUGGGGACUCGCUUUAAUGCUGUCCCUGCCUUUUGUCAUCUCCCGCCGGGCCUUAAAAGUGUUUGGUUACCUCCCAGGCUGCUACGAGGUCCUGGGGGACAACACAGUCUACUGGAGGUUGGUGCUGCGCAGCCUGCCUCAAGUCGUGGGCUUCCUCCUGCCGCUGCUGGUCAUGCUGUUCUGCUACGGCUUCACGCUGCGCACGCUGUUCAAGGCCCACAUGGGCCAGAAGCACCGGGCCAUGAGGGUCAUCUUUGCCGUUGUGCUCGUCUUCCUGCUCUGCUGGCUGCCCUACAACCUGGUCCUGCUCGCAGACACGCUCAUGAGAACCCGGGUGAUCGCCGAGACCUGCAGACGCCGCCAUGAAAUCGACAGGGCCUUCGAUGUCACCGAGAUCCUCAGCUUCCUCCACUGCUGCCUCAAUCCCAUCAUCUACGCCUUCAUCGGCCAGAAUUUUCGAGACGACUUCCUCAAGAUCCUCGCUACCUGUGGCCUGGUCCGCAAGUUUUUGGCAAAGCAUCGGAUUGCCUCUUACACUUCUUCUCUCUCUGUUCCUUCAAAUCUCUAAGCACUAUGA